AUGCCUGAAAUCAUCGGUGAUUAUCAAUACAGUAAACGGGAUUUGAUUGGACAUGGCGCAUUUGCAAUUGUAUUUCUUGGUCGUUUAAGAUCGGAUCCUGAACAACAAGUUGCUAUAAAACAGAUAACAAAAAAACAACUUGCAAAAUCACAAAGUUUACUUGAAAAAGAAAUUAAAAUUCUUAAAGAAUUAACUAAACUUAAACAUGAGAAUCUAGUUGCAUUGUAUGACUGCAAAGAAUCUCAAAAUAAUGUAUAUCUUGUUAUGGAGUUUUGUAAUGGUGGCGAUCUUGCUGAUUAUCUUCAAACAAGAAAAACUCUUAGUGAAGAUACAAUUGCUAUAUUUUUUCGACAAAUAGCUGCAGCAAUUCGUGCUUGUCAUGAACAUAAUGUUGUUCAUCGAGAUUUAAAACCGCAAAAUAUUCUUUUAGCACAUCCAGAUAAAUCCAAUCAACGUGUACAAGAUAUUAUAUUAAAAAUUGCGGAUUUUGGUUUCGCACGAUUUUUAUCUGAUGGCGUUAUGGCUGGAACCUUAUGUGGUUCUCCAAUGUAUAUGGCACCGGAAGUUAUUCGAUCAUUACAAUAUGAUGGAAAAGCGGAUUUAUGGUCAAUUGGUACAAUAAUGUAUCAAUGUUUAACAGGUAAAGCUCCAUUUCAAGCACAAACACCACAAGCACUGAAAUUAUACUAUGAAAAAAAUGUUAAUUUAUCACCUGCAAUUCCACCAACUACAUCACCAGAAUUAGCUGAUUUAAUAACACGAAUAUUAAAACGUAAUCCAAAAGAACGUAUUGACUAUGAAGAAUUUUUUAAUCAUCCAUUUUUAAAAAAAAGUCAACCUGUAAAUAUAUCAAAAGCAAGUAAUAUGACUAUAAUCAGUUCAUCACCAUUACGUGAAGGAAUUCUGUCUCAAGGACAAGAUUUGGAUUAUUUUAUUCCUCGACAUAUUGACACAAUACCUGAAAAUGAACCUGAUAUUGUACCAAAUACAAUAUCGAAAUUACAAUCAAAUAAUAAUGAUAGUCGUUCAUCAUCACCCGAUUCAAAUACAUCAGGUAUUAAAACAUUCCUUAAACGUACAGGAAAACAAACAAUACCAAUUGCAACUAAUACAUCUGCGCAAAAUCGAGAACAAAUUACGGUUGAAAAAAAUCUUUUUGGAGAUAAACCUAUAUCCUUUGCUCAACUUCUACAAGAUAGACGUAUAAAUCAAGAAGAACAACCAGUUGGUAUCCCAAAUUCAAAAGAAUUAUCAUCAUCACCAUUGCGUCACGAUUAUUUUGCAUUAACAGCUAUUGAAAAUACGACUCAAAUGAAGGAAACACGAGCUUCCAGUGUUAGUCAACCAAUACCUGUACCUACACAAAUUCUUAAUUAUGAAAAAAUGCAAGAAUCAAGAGAUCGAGCUAAAAGUUUCGGUGGAGCAUUAGCUGGUAGUCCAAGUAGUAGUCCUAAUGAUGAUCGACGUAUAUCAAUAGAUCGUCUUCGUCAAGCAAGUUUUGCUUCAUCAAAUUCUGAUCUUGCUAAUUCUAUUAGUCCACCAAGUGUACGAUUUACAAUUGAUACAGCAACUCUUACAACAAAUCCAUUUGGCUUUUCAUCAGUAACAAAUAAAAAAAGUCAACCAGGAUCUGCACGAACAAUAACACCUUCAAGUUCCAAUUCAAGUCUUAAUUAUCAAUCAAAUUCUAAAUUAAUGCUUGAUACAUCUCCACUUAAAACACGACCACAAUUAGUUGAUAUAGAUACACAACAUGAUCCUAUUUUUGAACAAGAAAAUACUAUCGAUUUUUUUACAAAAAAUAAUGCUCAAAAUACAACUACAGAACUAAUUCAUAAACGAGUUAAUACAAUUUUUGGAGAUUCACAACCUGAAGGUCAUUAUUAUGAACCACAAAAAAUUGUUGCUGAUACAUUAAUGGAUAAUGAACAUCAUGAUACACUUGGCAAACUUGAAUUUAUUCUUCAAUUAGUUGCAUAUAUUUUAACAUUAGCUAGUUCUCGUACAAGUUUAUUAACAGAAUCAAUAAGUUUAAAUGAUAAAAAUAUAAAUAAAAAUUCCCAAGUCAAACCGGAUCGACUUAGCCAUGUUGAUAAUUUAUAUAAACGUGCAGAACAAUUAACACUUUAUGUUAAAGCAAUGCAUUUUCUUAGUUCAGCUAUGUGUCUUGCACGUGAUAAACUUAAAUCACGUAAAUUACAUCCAACAGCUAUUGUUCGAACUGCUGUUAAUGAUUUAAAUAAUAAAUAUAAACAUUGUUUAAUUAUGUGUAAACAAUUAAGUGCACAACAAGAACUUGUAACAAGUGAUGAUAUGAAAGGUGUUCCUGUAACUGCUGAUAAAUUACUUUAUUUACAUGCAAUUGACCUAUGCUUAACUGCAGCUGGUUCAGAAUUUUUUGGUAAAGCCGAAAAAUGUAUUCAACCAUAUACCGAAGCUCAAAUUUUAUUUCAUAGUUUAAGUCAACAGGUGACAACGGAUAAUGAUCGUUUGAUUUUACAACAGUAUCGUGAAGCUGUCGAACGACGUUUACAUUGCCUUCAAAAUCAGGGAUUGGUAAUGGUUAAUGAACCGGCGACAACAUUAGAUACUGUUUCUUGA